AUGUCUUUACCAAUCGUCUUCGUCUGUGGGGCAACAGGAACCCAGGGCGGCGCCCUCGCUCAUCAUCUACUUGAGCAGGAUGUUGAGGUCCAUACUAUCACCCGGGAUUUGAAUUCUGUAUCGGCCCAAAAUCUUCAACAGCGUGGUGUACAUAUCACAGAAGGAAACUUUGACGACGAGGAGAUCAUGAAAAAGAGCAUGGCCAACUGCACGACUCUAUUUCUCAAUUUGACACCCAACCACUCAAUCCCCACUGGUGAACUUGAGCAGGCUAAAAGGCUCAUCUCAAUCGCCAAACAAGUUGCUGUCAAGCAUAUCAUCUAUACCAGCACCGUGGUUAGCAGAGAUCCCGAACGACUUCGCUACUGGAAUCCCGACAGUUACUUGGGUAUGAGUAUUCUGUUGAAGCAGUCCAUUGAGAAUGAAGUGAGAGAUUCAGGUUUUGAUGCUUGGACUAUUUUGCGGCCGGGAAACUUCAUGUCCAACUUUCUGAAUCCGCUCGUCAAGUUGUUGUACCAUAAUUUCGUUGAAACGGGAAACCUCGUAACCGCCUUCACCAAUGAGACUAUCAUCCCUAUGAUAGACCCCAACGAUAUCGGGAAGUUUGCAGCAGCAGCAGCUCUGGACCAAGCCAAGUUCAACAAUAAGGAAAUUGAGAUUGUAUCGCAAAUGAUGACACUGGAGGAGGUGAUGCGGGACUUAUCACUUGCGACAGGAAAGGUGAAGCAGGCUACGUUUUUAUCCGAGGAGGAAGUCGAAAAACUGGCGUUGCUGGAUCCGAUGGUACAAGUACAAAGGGCUAUGCGUGACAUGUCUUAG